AUGAUCACACUCGAUUCGCUGCCCGGCCUUUUAGCUCCCGUGGCAGAGAAGGUUCAAAGAUGGUCUCCAAAGAAAUGCGAGUGGAUGGAUGUCUUCUUGCUGGCCCAGGUCGACCUCUGGUGGAAGAGGGCAACGUCCGGAGGAGAGUGCCCCACAGAGAGGAAGGCGUGGCAUGGGGCCAAACACAUCGGUCUGGUCCGUGGAGAAACAAAGGUGCAGCACACCACUGGCGACUGCGUGUGGGUUGUGAAGCAUAAGGAAGCAUGGCAAAAGUUCAGAGCGGGCUCCCCUGAGAAGACGGCCGAAUGGGUGCGUAUUCUUGGGCUGCGAGUGCAGCCGUGGUCUAACAUGAUACAAACGCUGCAGCUGGGGCAAGAGGAAGCAGGAAAGGGGCAGGAGGGAGAUGCAGGAACGGAAAUUUUCAGUUCAGCGAAUCUGCGGAUGGCGAAGCUUGCCGUGCAUAGGGCUGGGGCGGCUGUCUGUGUCCUUCGGACAACUGCGUUGUUCAGCAAGGAGGUGGGAGGAGCUGUGCCAUUUGUGGGCGCCGCCCUGCAGCUGCUGGGAUUUGUGCUCGAGGUGGCUUCCAGAGAGAGGGAAGAGGUGGGGGGCGUUGCAUCUGCGCACUCUCGGCUGUUGGAGGUUGGCAGGCGCAUAAUGCAGGGUUUGUGGGACGCUUGUCAACAAGAUGACGAGGGCUACAUGGCUGUGCUCGAGGACUUGAUGCAGUUCAUAGAGAAGGCUGCAAGGGCACUGGAGCAGUUUCAGAGCAAAGGGAACAUCUGCAGGUUGAAUGAUGCUCUUUGGCACACGAACUCAGGGCCGCAGUCAGUGCUGCAAGUCGUUGACGAAUGUGAUCGACGCCUGAACAGCACUCAAACAGACUGCACGCAUAGGACGGUCAAGUUAGUGGAAGGAAAGGUCGAUCGCCUUCUGCAGCGUACCAGGUCGACAUCGGGUCGUUUAGCCAUCGUUCCCAAUCGCCCUGAUGCAGUG